AUGAAGCUUUCCACUGCUCUUCUCAUCUCUGCCUCUGCUGCUCUCACCAGCGCUACUGGUCCAGAUUACGACCCAGCAACUGGAAAAUGGACCUGCCACGUCCCAGACGCCGUCUACUGCGCCGGCGACUCCCUCAAGACAAACAUCAUCAUCCGCUGCACCGGUCUCGUCGGACAGCCCGGGAAUUGCAAUGAUAACCUUGCUGGCGAGCCGCCUGUGGGCGUGCAGCCCACGCUCUGUUAUGCGCCGCAGCUGCACAGCGCUGCUUGUGUGAAGAACUGCAUCGUCUACGGCGGGUCCGGUAACCUCGACGGCACAUUCCCUCUCCCAAAAGACCCUACAACCACCACGGAAGAGCCAACUGCCACCACAAUCACGCACACCGCUGAGCCCACCGAACCUACCGAUGAGGCGACUGUCACGGUGACGAUCUUUACGUGUGAUAAUGUCACCCCGCUCCCACCAUCGACCGUCGUGACCCACACGAACGGGACUGGUAUCGUGCACCCGACUGGUGGAGACACCAACACGCCUGUUGGUCCUACGUCGACUAACAUCCCACCCAUUCCUAACGCUGGUGGCGCGAAUUCGGCGAGCUUGGGAAUGGUGGUGUUGGCGGCUGCUUUUGCUUUCAUGGUUUGA